UCCCUGCCAGAGGGGUCAGGCCCUGGCACAGGCUGCCCAGAGAGGUGGGGGCGUCACCGUCCCUGGGGGGGUUCAAACACCGUGCAGCCGUGGCACCUGGGGCCAUGGUUUGGGAGGCCUGGGGGUGUUGGGUUGGGGUUGGCCUUGUUGAUCCUGGAGGUCUUUUCCAAGCUCAGUAAUUCCAUGUUUCUGUGAUUGCUGGCAGAGGGAAGUCCUGGAGAGCUCAUCCAACUUCUAAGUGGCACCGCUGCAAUUCCCAGCGUUCCAACGUGUGCGAGAGCCCGUUCCCACGGCCCGGCCAGCCUGGAGGCUUGGUGCGAUCCUCCUUUGCAGGACGUGUGGAGUUCAACAGUCUCUAAUGUAGCACCACAACAAAAAUGCGUAGCUGCUUGCUCUGUUGUGCCUCUCUCUGCCGGGACCCUCGCCGGGACGUCGUCGUGGGCGCCUGAGCCACCGCCGUGCCUUGCCCCACAUGGACACCCAUGUGCAGGACGGGGCCGAGGUGCCGCCAGAGGGACGCCCGACGGCCGAGGCGUCGGAGGGGUGCUGCCGGCGGGAGCGGCGCCCGGCGGGGCAGUGGACGGUGGCGGAGGUGGGCGCGUGGCUGGCCGCACGGAGCGGGAGCGCGGAGCUGGCGGAGCUGGCGCGUGAGCACGACGUCUCGGGCCGGGCCCUGCUGCGGCUGACGGAGGGGACCCUGCGCCGUAUGGGGGUGGCCCCGCGGAACCGACGCCGGGAGCUGCUGCGGGAGCUGCUGCGCCUGCGGCUGCAGCAGGAGCUCGAGGAGCUGCUGAGCAUCGUUGGGGAGUGACGAUGACGUCCCUGCGGAUGUCCCGGAGCCCGCUGACAGAGGACGAAGCAGCAGCUGGAAUUGAGCACCUGAAGCAGGAGUGCUGCCGGGGGGAUCCCCGAGGUCACGUGUGCCCCCCCAAAAAGCCCAGACCUGGCAGGGAGAAACGGUCACGGGGCCCGUGGCGGCACAAGCUGAGGGUGGCUGCCCCUGGCCCCACUGCCAGCUCCCACGGAGUCCCGCGGGCUCCGGCAAGCUGGGGGAGCCCCCCCUGGCCCCGCAGCCCCCCAGGAUCCUGCUGGAAUCCAGGGGCAGCCCAGCCCCAGGAGCGACCCUCCAGUGAGAAGGCACAGCAGUGUCUGUCUGUCUGUCCAUCCACGGGGCAGGGGGGCUGGCGUGGGGAGGGGGCGCAUUCCCCAAUUGCUACGCUGGGGAAAUCCAUCGCCUCGGUGCGUGGGGCUGGCAGGAGGGGCACAGCACUGUGCAGAGCCGGCGCCCUCAAUAAAUACCUUCCUGGGAACGGCAGAGGGGUCCCCGCUCCCCAGUUUCAGUGAGGCUGAAGGCCCUCGCGCCGGUGCUGCCAGCACCCUGCAGCCUUCCCGGGCAGCUGAGCUGCAGGCGCCGGGUCCGUCCCCAGGACCCAGUUCCUCAUGGAGAAAGGGAGGGGGGCGAGUGCUCCCUGCCCCUGCAAUACCCUCCCGUGGCACCCCGAGUCUUGCGUGGUCUGAGGGGUGCAGGGGCUCUGGGCAGAUCCUGUGCCCCCCCAAAAGAGGGAGGGGGUUCAGGAGGUGGGGGAGACCCUGGACAGGUGCCAUCGGCUGGGCUGUGCAGAGGCAGGUUUGGGAGGCGCAGGUUCGGGGGGACCCUGGGUGCAGGGCUGUGGUUUGGGGGUGUGUGUGUGAUGCCCCUGGGGUGUCUUUGGGAUCCCCGUGAGGCAGCCCCAGAUCGGCUCCCUGGGGUGACUCGCGGGGGUGUGGAAUAAUCGCCGGAGGUGACUUAGAUUAAACAUGUCUUUAGGAAAGGUAGAGCAUGGAAGAAGCUGUCAGGGUGGGGUGCAGCUGGCAUGUGAGGAACCCGUUCCACGGAAGGUCCCCUGUAACCACAGAUGUCGGCAGUGCCAGGAGCCCUUGGCGCACUGACUCUGAGAGGAGUUGUCCGGAGGGUGGAGCGGUGCGGGGGCAUCGCAGCCAGGCUCUGAUAAAUGGGGACUCACUGUACCCUGGAGCUGCACGUUUGCUACCCUGGGCCAACAGGCCCUCAUGCUUUCGGCAAAAUGAUGUCCUUCUGGUGAGCUUUGCUCAUUAUAAUAUCAUUAUAAUACCAAAGCACCCCUCCAUCCCAAAAGCUACCCGCCUCUCAGGUGCGGCCACCCCUCACUGGGCACGCGUUUGGAAUUCCUUCUAGUCUAUGCUCUUAAAAGUAAAGCGAGGAAAUUUUACACCCAUCAUAAUAAAGGUACAAAUGACCGGAGUCACUCAAGCUCCACCUGAAAGGUAAAAAAUAGUACAAAAUACGUGAAGAGGAGGAGGGUGUUGGGGAAGAUCCCAUCGCGUACCACUGUGACCUCUGGGAGCAGUCGACGGGCUGAGCCUCCCCCCCUCCCCCCACGCACUGGGACACCUUUGGGUAAGAUUUAAACAUUUGGUUACACCAAGUGUUUCCCUGGGAAAACUCAGAGAUUUAAAGCUUCACUUUAAAUCUUCACUUUAAAUCUCCAAUGCAUUAGAGUCGCUUCAUAUUUGCGUAACGCACUUGUAGCCUCGCAGUGUUACUCGUUUCCUUAGUAUUUGUGUGUGUCUUGUAACCAGCAGUUUUAUCACCGGUAACGCACAGAACCUGUGCAUCUGUUGCUUUAAUAAAUCACG